AUGUCGCCCUCGCUCACAAACUACUACCCCUUUUUUGAACCGUCUCCUGCGGCGGCGGGAGUCACGUUUGGCCUUUUCGCCAUCGGGUUCCUUGUAUCAACGUAUCAGACCAUUCGGCUCAAAUCGUGGAUCUGGUUUGUGAUGCUUCUCGCAAUCCUCAUGGAGACGGUUGGCUAUGGUGCCCGCAUUGCAUCGGCCAAAAAUGUCACCAGCCGCAACGUCUACAUCAUACAGUUCUGUCUCAUCAUCCUUGCGCCGGUGUUUAUGGCCGGCAUCGUGUACGUCGCGUUCGGCCGCAUCGUGUUCCAUGUCGUGCCGCCCGCAGCCCGCACCGCGAGGCUCCUGUGGGUGCCCGCGCGCUGGCUGACCCCCAUCUUCGUCGGCUUCGACAUUUUCGCCCUCUUCCUUCAGCUCAUCGGCGCCGUCAUCAUCUCCGGAACGCAGGUGACGACACCCAACGCCGCUUCGAAGCUGAAGACUGGCAAGGACGUUGCCCUGGCGGGCGUCAGCAUGCAGAUUGGUGCCUUUGGCCUGUUCACCAUCAUUGCGGCGCGCUUCCACUUUACGUCGCGCCGCUUCGUCGCGGAUCUCGAGCGCCGAUUCCGCGCCGUGCCGGGCGGCAAGUUUGUGACGCUCGAGGGCAGCGAGCGCAGGUUCAAGCCGCGCUGGCGCACGCUGCUGUAUGCCAUCAACUUCUCGUGCGCCAUGAUCAUCGUGCGGUCCAUCUACCGCGAGAUUGAUUUCUCCAUGGGAAAGCAGGGCUACACGCAGAAGUACGAGUGGGUUCCGUACGUGCUUGACGCCCUCCCCAUGAUCCUCCUUGUGAUUGUCUACACCAUCACUCCGCCUGGUGCCUACGUCUCCAUGGGCUUCCGCCAGCAGUCCAAGACGACGGACCUGCCGCCGCUGCCUCAGGGGUUGCACGACGCCGCGACCUACGGCUUGGAAUCAAUGCCACUCCGCCAGUAA